UCCUGGACGACUUACGGUUGGCUCAAAUUACACUGUAUGUUAGUGACUACUGGCUCUUUCAUUUGGUUCAUUCUCCUGGCUCCUUCAUUUGGUUCAUUCUCCUGGCUCCUUCAUUUGGUUCAUUCUCCUGGCUCCUUCAUUUGAUUCAUCUGGUUCACUCUAUCAUUGUAUAGGGUAAUUAAUUAUUGCACAGAAGCAAAAUAUGGCUUCAAAGGUCGCUGUUGUCACUGGAGCCAAUAAAGGCAUUGGACUGGCUAUUGUGAAAGGACUUUGUAAAGCAGGCUACAGUGGAGAUGUUCUCCUCACCGCUCGGAGUGAAGCGCUGGGAAAGGAGGCAGUAGAGCUGGUGAAAACCGAGGGUUUCAAAAAUGUCGUCUUCCAUCGACUCGACAUCUGCGACCAAAGCAGCUGCCUGGCGCUGGGAAAGUUUUUGAAGGAGAAGUACGGAGGCCUGGAUGUGCUCAUCAACAACGCGGGAAUCGCUUACAAAGGGAAUGCCACUGAGCCGUUCGGGGAACAGGCUGAAGUCACCAUGCGCACCAACUUCUGGGGAACACUGUGGGUGUGUCAGGCUCUGUUCCCCCUGCUGAGACCCAAUGCCCGUGUGGUCAAUGUGUCCAGCUUCGUCAGCAAGCGGUCUCUGGCUAAAUGUAGCCCAGAACUCCAGGCAAAGUUGAGAAGAACAGACAUGUCUGAGGAGGAGCUCUGCACACUGAUGGGGGAGUUUGUUACUGCUGCACAGAGUGGAACUCACGAGGCUCAGGGCUGGCCAAACACAGCUUAUGGUACCACCAAGAUCGGUGUGACUGUUCUGUCAAGGAUCCAGGCACGGGUUCUUAAUGAAACCAGACCUAGAGAUGGCAUCCUCCUCAAUGCCUGUUGCCCAGGCUGGGUUAGAACAGACAUGGCUGGUCCAAAUGCCUCCAAGAGCCCAGAGGAAGGAGCAGAAACUCCAGUGUACCUGGCAUUGUUGCCAGCUGAAGCCAAGGAGCCACAUGGACAGUUGGUUUGGGACAAAGAGGUGCAGGAAUGGUAGAGGGAAAAUAGAGAAAUAGUAAACAGAACAAAAUGCAUUACAACUAAGGACUAAUUUCUACUGGAUAAAGCAACUUCAUUUUUAUUAAUCUUGCAUGACAUAAUAAUAUCGGUUAUACCAUGCAAUAUUUUUUUCUACAAGUCUAUGUUUAAUAAUAAAAUGGGUAGAUGUAAUGUUA